AUUGGACGCUUUCACAUCCGCGUGGCCGCCCAUUGGCUACAAAUAUUGCAAAUACAAACUACGUCACCAAUAGAAUCCGUGAUGUGUCCACAUUUAGCUUUAAUGCUAAUACCUGUCAAACUAAAACGCGUCAUAAACGUUCGUAAAUAAGUCGACAACAUGUCGAUAUAUUCCAGUUGAAGGCUUAACAUAAUUUCACAUCGAGUGAGGAAGGUUACAGCUCCUCCGUAAUGUUGUUUUCACUCAUUUUAAACGUUAGAAACGCGGUGGUUAGCCUGUGCUAGCUUGUAAAUCAGUGAGCGGCAAUUGGUGAUAACCUAAUCCAACUAGCAAGCCUGGCGUUUGUUUACCUGCUUCUCAGGUGAGAGGUGAGUCGGGGGCAGGGCCACCUGACAGGUAGGAGGGAUGCCUGUUGAGGGAGGAAGCGGCAGCGGCUCAGCUUCUGCUGUCCGUCACCCGAAGCAGAAGCGCAAAGCUCACAGUUUAUCCAUCCGGCGCACGAACAGCACAGAGGAGAGGACGCCAGGCAUCACAAGAGGAGACAUGCUGGAGGGACAGGACUCCAAACUGCCCCUCGCCUUACGCAGCAACCUCCUCGACCUAUUCGGACAGAUUGAGCGCGAGUUUGAAAACCUCUACAUUGAAAACCUUGAACUGCGUCGAGAGAUCGACUCUCUGAACGAGCGUCUGACUGGAGAUGGACAGACGGUCGAGGGAGGAGACCCCACAAAGGGAGCUCUGAAAACCAAAGCGAGCCACAGCACCAGUCAGCUGUCACAGAAACUGAAGACAACCUACAAAGCCUCCACCAGCAAGCGUUUGUACACACUCCACCGAAAAAUAGGCGGACCUCGCAACUUCAGGGUGGCCACAUGGGAGUUGUGGGGAGGAGAUUCAUGGAUUGUGUCCAGUUUUAAAGCCACCGCAGGGUCGCGUGCUCUAUGUCAGCUGCUCAAAGAGUACGUGGGCCACCGGGACGGGAUCUGGGACCUCAGCGUCACACGGACUCAGCCGGUGGUCCUCGGCACGGCCUCUGCAGAUCACUCUGCUCUGCUGUGGAGUAUAGAGACAGGAAAAUGUCUGCUGAGGUACGCUGGACAUCAAGGAUCAGUCAACUCCAUCAAGUUUCACCCCACGGAGCAGAUGGCGCUCACAGCCUCCGGGGACCAGACGUCUCACAUCUGGCGCUACAUGGUGCAGCUUCCUGCCCCGCAGCCGCCACCAGAUGUCAGUGCCCCGUGUGAUGAAGACCAGGACUCUUCUGACAGAGAGGAAGGUGAGGUGGACGGAGAGGGGCCCUUUGAGGUCCCCACGGUCCGUGUCGCCACAGCAACCCUGAAGAGCCACCAGGGCGUUGUGAUCGCAGCUGAUUGGCUGGUGGGAGGCCGACAGGUGGUGACGGCGUCCUGGGAUCGAGCUGCAAACCUGUACGAGGUGGAGACGUCUGAACUGGUCCAUGCACUUACUGGUCAUGACCAGGAGCUGACACACUGCUGCACACACCCCACCCAGCGCCUGGUGGUCACCUCCUCCAGAGACACCACCUUCAGACUGUGGGACUUCAGGGAUCCGUCCAUCCACUCUGUCAACGUCUUCCAGGGACACACCGACACGGUGACGUCUGCAGUGUUCACAGUCGGGGACAACGUGGUCUCAGGGAGCGACGAUCGCACGGUGAAGGUGUGGGAUCUGAAGAACAUGAGGUCGCCCAUAGCAACCAUCCGCACUGAUUCAGCUGUGAACAGGAUAAGCGUCUCUGCAAACCAAAGGAUCAUCGCUCUGCCGCACGACAAUCGACAAGUCCGACUGUUUGACAUGAGCGGAGUGAGGCUGGCCAGACUUCCACGCAGCAACAGAAUGGGUCACAGGCGCAUGGUGUGCUGUACAGCGUGGAACGAGGAGAACCAGUCGUGCAACCUUUUCACCUGCGGCUUCGACCGACAGGCCAUCGGCUGGAACAUCAACAUCCCCGCCCUGCUGCAGGAGAAGUGAUACCACGGACACACAUAAACACACACACACACACAACAAAACACACACACACACACACACACACACACACACACACACACACAGAGUGAAGCAGGAGUAAUCUGUGGCCUCGCACGUGUUUAACCUGUGAAGCGUUUUAGUUGUUGAUGUGUUUCUCUGAUGUCAGGCUGCUACAUCGUGUGAUUGUUCAUUAAAUUGUUUAGUUUUUUAAGCAUGAUCAUAUUUUGGGGUCUAAAUGACUAAUGUGUACUUACAGUUUGAUAUCUCUUUAAUAGAUUACUUCAGAUGUGAAACAUGCUGCGAUGGCUGCAACAUAAUCCUUGUUCCAUUCAAGUGCGUCCGCUGUUUUUGUCAAUGGAGUCUUUGGUGUGUUUUAGGAGAGCGACGUCAUCCCCUGCUCACGGUUAAAAAUAUCAUCUAACUCUUUCAAAAUGUAAACGUCUAUCUCGCUAUACUUUUAUCUAUCUAUUAUAACAAUAUGAGCUGGUCACUGACAAAAACAACUUUCAGUGGACGUGCUCUGAUUGGUUGUCUUCCCCCCUGAGGGAUUUAAAUCGUUACAGCCUGUUGCACUGCUGCCGCCUGAAACAAUCUACCUGAUCAAUACCUACAACUUUUUAACCUUUUAGUCCUUUAGACUUCAUUUAAAACAGAAAUCCCACCUUGAUUUAAAAACACUGCAUCCAGCCUUUAAGUGACUGACUUAGUUCCAGCAUUUGAACGUGUGUGCGAGGCCACAGAACUCAUCUCCUGUGAGCAAACCCUUAAAUUAUUUAGCAUGAAUUGUGAAUUGUGACAUGGCUACGCUGACCCCACAUCCCCCCCCCGAAGUAUAAAGUAUAUAUUUGAGUCCACAGUCGCUGCUGACGUCACUGUUGUUACGUUACUGCUAAGUGGUUGCAUGUAGAUACAUGUUCAUGUAGAGUUAUAAAUAUAGAGUCAUAAGGCCUGCAGAGCGUGGAGAAGACGCUCUACAGAACUGAUGUAUAUAUUAUGUUGUGGCCUGACUAAAGGACCUGCAGGUCGUUCUAGUUCCUGGAUUAAGUGUCUUACAGUUCUCCAUCUUUUUGAGUGGAGUUUGGCUGAGGUGACGAUGUUCUGUGAAAUGCUUCUGUUCUUUUAUCAUCAAACAUAUCAUACCUGUCAGAUGACCUGUGCAGCACGCAGCCUGCAGGGCGGUUUAAAGUCUUAAAUCUGCUGUCCUGUGUGAACGUUGGAGUCCUCACCUGUUACCUUUAUGAUGCUUUCAGUUCACAUCCAGCCUCAAUAUUUCAAGAUUCAUGUUGUGAUGAUUUCAAACGUACGAUGCUGAUACUCUGCCUUGUUCCAUGUUUACAGUAGGAUUUCAUUUUUUAAUCAUCCACUGCUUUAUUCUGAGCAGAGCAAUAACAGGAGAACAACUGCACUCCUUCAGUAGGUCUGUGAAUAUGUUGAUCAUAGUUUCUGAAUGCUUCGGGUUAAGGCGUCACUACUUGUAGCCAUAAUUUCUGCUGAUUAUUCCUCGUGUUGGUGGAGUACUGACUCCUCCUGUCAGAGCCCCGUGUUGCUGUAAUCCCAAAGUGAACUUGUUACUGCUCUUUUUUUUUGUGCUUCACAAAGAGCCGGUCAGUAUGAUGUCCCUGUGUUUACUCUUUGAGGGGGAAAAUGUUUUCAGACCAAAAGAGAAGCAGAUGUCGCCGGUUCAUUUGUGUUUAUUAAAAAUAAAAAAUCAUCACAUCAGUAAAUCUCCCUCCUCCUUCAUGAACUGGGUCUGGAUGAAUUGUGCUGCUGCUUCCAGCGACUUGAUGACCUGUUAGCCUGGAUCAGUACCAGGUCCCAGUUUGAUGACCUGUUAGCUCGGGUCAGGAUUUCACUGAUGGUGCUCUGUUUCAGCCGGGGAGGGGGGGGGGGGGGUUUCCAUCUGUCUCCACUGAGUGACAGUUUCUGAAAUCUGUCUUCCUGCAGCGCUAUGAACCCAAAUAACAGAUUUGACCGAGAACAGUUUAAAAAAAUGCUGAACUAAAACAGGAUGCACUUUGUAAUUGGUCAGGUGUUUCUGCAAGACGACCGGGAACACCCCAGUCAGAGCUGAUGAAGCAGCAGAAGAAUCUUGUUGCAGAAAGGCCCCCCUCAUCACAUGUUUCAUGUUUUGCUCAAACAAACAAAUGUGCACGUUUCUCAUCCCAGUUGCACAUCUCAUUCUGUUUCUGCAAUCGCUUUAUUUAUUUCAGAUUUCAUUCGUUUGCUUCACUUUUGGUCUGAACACACUUUCAGCCUCGUUUGCACCUCUUGCUGUAAAUGUCGCUUUUUUUUCCCCCCCAGUGUGAAAGUCGCUCUUUAUCCAAACACAGAAGCAAUAACCCAGAUCCUCGGUGUUUCCCCGUGCUCUGAGUGAAGCAUCAUUUCUUAUUUCAGUUACUGUGACUUGAAAAACAUAAAGAGUUCUAACUAAAGUCUGGCUUCGUCUGAAUCCAGGGAAGUUUAUUUUUCUGUUACUCUUGUGCAAUAUCUUGAGAAGAAGUCAUACUCUUAACUUCAUGUCAGUGCUGUAAGGGAUCCUUACGAUGAUCUCGUGUGUCUGCUGCAGGUGUAGCUCAGCGUAUAAUCUAGACGUGUGUAUUCGUUACCCGAAAAGUAGGCUUCAGUUCACGCUGCUGCUUCUCCCGACAAUAGAGUCAGGAUAGAUUUAUAGAAACGUGCUUAAAAAAUGUGAUUGAAAUGCCUUACCAGUGCAUUUAAAAGAAGGUGCAUUAGCCUUAUCAAAGCCUUGUUAAAGAACUAAUCUGUCGCCCACAGAUAUCGCUCUGCAGGUAGAGUCCGAUCCGCAGCCCACGUUUGAAUACAACUCUGAGGAAAUAUGAUCUUGGAUUGAUAUAUGAAAUUAUUGUGUGUCAGAUUCAAAGUGGACAGGCUUCGCUUCCCUGCAGCAUUAUGUGAUCUACUUUGCAUUCUUUAUUGUGACGGGUACGUGCUCUCUGACGCUUUCCAAUAAAGAAAAAUGUGUGAUUUCCCCCCCCC